AUGAAGGCUACCGUUGCUUUUGUUGCUGUUAUUCUCGUCACUAUGACUGUUAGCGGAGCACAAAGAAAAAAGCCACUCUGUGAGAUGUGCGAAAAUUUGAUAAAGAAAGUCGAUGAAGUGCUGAAACAAGGAGGAGACGUUCAAAAGGUACUGCUUUCAAACAUAACUGAUUGUGAAAGCUCAAGUAUGGCCGUGGAGCAGUUCUGUCGCGACGAUAUGCCUGAGUUUCUGGUUGACUACUGCGAAAAGAUCAUUGCCAAGAACCUCAAGUACAUUAUUGAGAAAUUGAAGGACCACGACCCACCAGAGAAGAUCUGCACCGACAUCUACCUUUGUGCUGCAUAA